UCAACACGUGCUCUAACGCUUUUCACUUCACUGCUUGCUUUGCUCCGUGAAUUAAUUGUUUUCUUGAGAAUACAAUUAAACUUGUGGGUUAAUGUUUGAUGAGGCUAAUUGCAGAAGCCAAUUGCAGUUGAUUUGAGUUCACGUCGAUUGCAACACGCGUACGGUGAAAGAGCAAGUAAUUAUAGCUUCAUGGACGAAAAGAAGAGUUUUAACGAGAAUGGAGCUGCGACGAGACAUGAAAACGGCGACAGAAAGAAAGAAGACAUGGAAGACGACGAGAAGAAAGUGGUGCUGAACGGUGCUGCGGAAGGGGAUAAUCCACCCGAAGAGGACGGUGAAUAUAAAGUAGAGGUUGAGAUCAAUAUGGAAGAACGAGAAAAGUGGGGCAAGAAAGUGGAGUUUUUCCUCGCGUGUAUCGGCUACGCUGUUGGGUUAGGCAACGUGUGGCGGUUUCCGUACUUGUGUUUCGAGAACGGCGGUGGUGCGUUUCUCAUCCCUUACGUCUGUAUGCUGUUUCUAUGUGGAAUGCCAUUGUUCUUCAUGGAACUUGCCCUUGGCCAGUACGUGAGCUUAGGACCUGUAACAUCGUGGGCGGCCAUAUGUCCUUUGGCCAAAGGUGUGGGUUUUUCCAUGUUGGUCGUGUCCUUUCUCUGCUGUGUGUACUACAAUGUCAUUAUCGCCUGGUGUUUGUACUACAUGUUUAAGUCGUUUGCCAGCAUGGUUCCGUGGGCAAAUUGUAAUAACUGGUGGAACACACCCAACUGCGCACGCGCAAAGAAAACGAGUAGAGUCACUGAAAAUGGAGGUGUGCCCAGUAACACAACAGGGAACAACACGGAGCUCCUCUACACCACCUCUUGUAUUAACCAAACCUUUCCAGAAGUUGGAAACUUGACUGGCGGGAACAUGACUGUAACGAAUGCUUCCAUGCCAAUGUGGAAAUGCCUUAACACGACCCUCAACGCUACUGCAAAUGCUACUGCUACCGUCACGAAAGUUUCUGCCGUGGAUAGCAAUUCUCCCAGCAAAGAAUUCUGGGAAAAUUAUGUCCUUCGAAUUACAGACGACAUGGGAGACCUCGGUUCAAUGCGUGUCGAGCUGUUAGUAGCACUCAUCGUGGCCUGGAUUCUGGUGUAUUUUUGUCUGUGGAAGGGAAUAAAGUCCUCGGGGAAGGUGGUAUAUUUCACCGCCACUUUCCCCUAUGUGGUUCUUGUAAUUUUGCUUAUCCGGGGGGUUACUUUGCCUGGUGCAUCUAAGGGCAUCGAAUUCUAUUUGAAGCCCGAUUUCAAGAAGCUGGCCGAUGCCUCUGUCUGGGCUACAGCUGCCACUCAGAUAUUUUAUUCACUUGGUAUCGGAUUUGGUUCGCUCAUUACCAUGGGGAGUUUCAACCAGUUUCAUAACAACUGUUUCAGAGAUGCCAUGAUUGUAUCCGUUAUAAACUGCAGUACCAGUGUCUUUGCUGGCUUCGUGAUCUUCAGCGUGCUUGGCUUCAUGGCACACGUGUCCGGCAAGGCAGUCAAAGACGUGGCUACAUCCGGUCCUGGCUUGGCUUUCGUUGUUUAUCCUGAGGGGAUUGCCCAGAUGCCUAUUUCUCCAUUCUGGGCUGUGUUGUUCUUCUUCAUGUUGUUAACGUUAGGGCUUGAUACCCAGUUCGCCAUGUUUGAAGCUGUUGUGACUGGCCUUGUGGAUGAGUACCCGCGCUUCUUGAAAAAACGCAAAGAGCUGUUUAUCGCUUUCCUGUGUUUCCUCUGCUUCCUGCUGGGUAUCCCUAUGGUCAUGCAGGGCGGCAUGUAUAUUCUUAACCUGUACAACUAUCAGUCUGGUGGAGUGUCCUUGCUGUUCUUGGCUUUGUUUGAAGUUCUCACCGUUUCCUGGGGCUAUGGAGCAGACCGUUUUGCUAAAGACAUCGAGAACAUGAUUGGUUACAAAAUAUGGCGAUGGUGGCCUAUUGCCUGGAAGUUUCUCACCCCGCUUGUUAUUUUAGGGGUUUUCUUAUUUAGUGUCAUUCAGUGGAGCGGCGUAAAGUAUGGUGAUUAUCAGUAUCCUCCAUGGGCAGAAUUCUGUGGCUGGGUUCUAGCGCUGGCCUCCAUGUUGUGGAUCCCAGGGGUUGCCACUUACAAGCUUAUCAAAACCCCUGGGAGUUCUCUGUAUCAGAGGAUAUGCUUCCUUCUGCGGCCAGACGAGGAGGAGAUGAAAGCGAUAGAGUUACGCGAAGGCUUAGCAACACAGGGCGAGAUGGAAACUCUCUAGAGAAUCCUGAUUUCAUUGGGUGUGUCUCUAAAAGAGUUGUUUUAAGUUGUUUUAAUUUUAGAAAAAGCACGUGUGGUAUUGUUUGUAUGGUUUGCACUAACAAUAGUAUAAGAGGGUUUUUUUUAAAAUUUUGAUUAUUUUAAGAAGAAUUUUAAGUUAAGCUCGCUUACUUGACUCUGAUGUUUAAAAUGGUUAAAAUAAUGGCAGUUUUUGAAGUUACAGAAAAAGAAAGAAUGAGUUAUAGGUUGGAGUAGGCCGAUCUCGUUGGGGAAAAGGAUGAGAAAAAUGAACUAAUUUUAAGUAGCAAAUAUUCAUGUAAAUUUGCCGCUUGUAUGUAAGACAGACUUUACACAUUAGCAACAUAUCUUCUGCGUAUACCAUUUGCUUCUUUAUCGCUUUUUUUCAAAUUCCACUUUUAGAUGUUCAUUUUACAAAGGGUUGUCAACUCCAAGUAUAGAAGAGGUCUCUUCUGUAAUCUCGAUAAAUUCCGGAUUGAGAAUGUUUACUAUUCGUGAGACUUGAGAGUUGAACGCUAAACGUUAAGAACAUCAUACUGAAAAUAUUUAGCCGAACUGUUAAUGUGUCAAAUGAAGACAAAAAGCCAUAUUUUGUCUCUUUAAAAACUAAUUGACAUCUCAGGUUUCGCCUAUAAUAAUUCCCGUAAGACAAGUUAUUUAGUAAAUAAACCCCUUCAGGCGGCUGGUAUGUCAGCUGAAAAUGUUAGCGUCUGCGGUUUUUGUGAACUUACUAUGCUUUAACAAAUUCCAAACGAAAACUAAAGGAAUCAUACUUUUGUAAUCGAAAUAUGUUUGUUUGUUCGCAAUUAGCUGGAAACUUAUGUCAAAUUAUUUGCCAUCUACUUCAUGUUUCAAAAUAAAAAAUGGCUUGCUAUGUAAUAUACUGUUACAAGAACGUUUAAUUACAGCAAAAAAUUCUGCAUUAGUUGAUAUUACAACCGUUUCUUGAUGCCUCUUGCGAGUUCACUUAAUCAUUAUACUGGUAAGAAAGCUGCAUCGAUUCAAUGCAUGCAAUCUUUGGCUUUUGAUCGGUCAAAUUUACACAUGGGAUAAUUAUAAAAGACAUUCUCUCACUAGGUCUGAGGAUAGUGUCAUGAGGAAAGAUUUCCUUAGCAUUUUACGUUUUUUAGUAGCAACUAUAAUUGCAAAUAUUGCUAAAAAUAUUUAUCGCUGUUAUAACAUAGUUAAAAUUCCAAUUAUAUUCUGCAGGUGGUAUACAACUGCUGAUGUUAGAAAUAGUUUGAUUAAGGCGUUCAUGAAGUUUUACUGUUGUCUUGUGAAGGUUAAUGCUUGCAAUGUGGUCAAAUAUCAAAGUAACACCAGCAGCUACCGGGAAAAUGAUAAAUUGAAUUACCACUGUAAAAAGAACAACCAAGAAUGGUUAAGCUUCCUUGUGCUGUAGAAAUCAGCUUUAACUGAAGCCUGAUUUCAUUAUCUUUGUUGUCUUUGGAAUGAUGUGCAGUAGUUUUAACGAUUGCCCUUAACAUAAAGACGUCAAUGAAGAAGAAAGGCUUGGCAAGCUGAGAGCUGUCAACCAUUUAUCCUAAAAAUUGCACAAGGUUUGGACUCUUUUUGUUAACCAUUUUUCGGGUUUUUGUAGAAUCUCAUCACUACAUGUACAUUGGUCAAAUGUCAAAAUGGUCGAUUGUCUUAGACGGACGCCCGGGAAGUGCUGGUGUUAUUUCAAUAAGAUCACUUCGUGAAAGACGUAGGAUCUUCUUUGUAGAUUCAGUUUAAAUAAUGGUGCCAUUUUAAAUUAGCUAAGGCAAGUAGAAGUUAAUGUUUUCUAAUUUGUUGCUUACAUAGUAAUUCAUAUUACCAAUGAAAGAUAAUGAACAUUUCAGAAUAAACCAAGGAAACAGUUGGUUUGUGAAA